AUGGCUAAGGCGGUAGAAAGAUGCUUGACAGCUGCCCAAAACGGCGAACGCGAUGAGGAAGGGCGCAGUAAUAGCUGCAGCCCUCGCGGUGACUUUCUCGUAACGCCGACAGGAGCAGCCGCGGCAAAGGCACGGGAGCAUCCGGUGACAGUGAUCACUCCGCAGGCACGCCCGACCUCCUCCACAUCCUUAGCAUCCUCGCCUCGCUUGGCGAAGAUGGAAAGCUCAAGCCGCAGCCUCGACAGGCUUCCACAGCAACGCCAGCGACCGAUUUCUCCUGGAAGCCCUUCCUCACACACUCUCUCGUCUACCGCCGUGCCUGUACAACACCUUUACCGCGUGCCUUCAGCCUUCUACGCACACAACAGCGUCACGUCGUCGGCGGUGUUGUCGGCUGCACGCAACCGCCGUGGCCAUGGCGACACAUUCACAGGCCCGGCUGCCCCCCGUAUCUCCGCCGAGGACACCACGCACAAGCAGGUGCGACUGCCACCGGAAGCGAGUCGCUCCCCAAGCAGCAUGGAUGCGCUGGAGGAACGUGCUCGUCGCGCGGCGGAGCUGCAUGCAAGUUGCGGUAUCCGCGAGGAGGCCGAGGCAGUGCUGCCCUGGGCCACGGCGAGUCGCUCGGGUGAGGCAGGACGCACCCAGGUACCGGUGCCAUCGUCGCUGCGGACGGUACAGGUAGCCCGCGGGUACCGCGCCUCCCGCCAUCUGUCCACACUGGGCGCUGAAGAAGGGCCGCCGUUGGAUGUCGGGGACGUCGAAUUAGUCCCCGGGUCCAGGCGACGGCGCCGGACCGGGCGCAUGGGGAGCUCUGCGGACGUGCGGUUUGACCAGCGCCUCAGCUACACAAGCAGCCAUGACGGCAGCGGUGGCGCUGCGGUGUCGAGGCGGUGUCUAACAUCGUCGUCCGCCUCAUCUUUGUCGUCGGUGGCGUUGGCGUCUCCACAGUCGCCGGCGACAGCUCUCGUUUCCGCGACGGCGCCAGCAAGCGGUAUCAGCGGUACCCGACCAUCGGCCGCAUCGUCGCCGUUCAACGCGCUCCUCGCUGCCUUUGCUCCUGUGCCAUCUGGGAUAGCUGAGUUGACAGCCGCUGUCAUUGGUCCGCCUCUGGCAACUGCCACUGUGCCUCCCACACGACCGCCUGCGUGGUUGCGGCCGUGGCUGUCGCACGCCCUCUCGCGCGCUAUGGCUGCUCACCUCGAGCGCGACGCGGACACCGUCACCACGCCUGCUAGCUCUGCUGCUACCUCCACCCAGGGCCUAGAUUCCUUUUUUCCUGUAGCGCAUGCGGCCUCCGCGUCAGCGCAGCCGUGCACGCUACGGUCUGCGCUGCUGCUCAUCUUCGAUGGACUAGAACGACUUGAGGCAGACCUGGCGGAGGUGCUGUUGGACGGAGCGAGGGCGCACCACUCGUCCAAUUUGUUUCAUAGCGCAGAUGAUCGUGACUGCCGCGCCUCCUUUGCAUUUAUCCCGCCUCCGCCUGCAGCAGCGGCUGCCUCCGGCGCAUUCGAUAGACUUGUCGAGCAGCUGCGCCAUCUCACGCGGCAAUGGUGCGAAGUGCUCUCUCAGUGGCCGUGCGAGGCAGCGACGCUGGGUUAUGUGGCGUGGUGGAUGGGUCACCCGGCUUGGACCGAUCUUGUGACGUGUGACGCCGCCAUUUCCACUACCUUUAGCACGUCUCCGGCGACGCCAGCGGCGAUGGAUCGAAGGGAGAUGGCUGGGCGGCGGACUGAGACUGGCCAUGGCGGUGAACGACAGCCGCCUCAACAGCAGCCGCAAGAGCCUGCCUAUGUUCUGCAAGGCAUCCUCGCGGCUGUUGUGACAGAGGGCAUGCGCACACUGCUGGAUGCGUUGGUGGACGCCUUUGUGCGCGCCGUCAGUGAGCUGCUACGCAGCACUGCUGUCAUUGGUCAGCCUCGCAGCGCGUCACGAUCUACCUCUUGCCCCGAUCUGCAGGCGGAAGUCGCUGUCGAUGCGUUUACGAAGCCACAGCACACAUGCCUGGCGCUCCUUCGCCUUCUUACGUCUCUCUACGUGAGCCCACCCCCAGUUCUCCAGCAGCUUCGGACGCUGGUGCAAGCUGACGUCUGCUGCGGCACUGCGGUGACCAGCGCGGCUGCCAACGGUGAUGGGAAAAGGACGACACGGCAUGAAGAUGAAGGCUCGCCAGCGUCGCCGGGUAGUCUCUCCACUGCUACUGCUGCGGCUGUUGCCGGUGAAGAUCGCCAAAACCAGUCGCACCCGCACCCGCACCCGUCACCUUCGUCUUUGUCGACGCCGCGCGGUGGGCCUCCUGGCUCGCCGUCCGCGUCACGAGUGAACCUCAGUGCACUCGACACUUCGCAGCUGCGGUCACCGGUGUGUCAGCUACACUACCAGCUCCUCUACGCCGUAUGCCGUCUCUGCAACGAACUGCCCAUGCUCUGGCAGCCACAGGACGACACUCGAGAUGCUGACAAAGACGAGGAGAGCAAUGGUGUGCGAGCCAGCAGCGUCACCGACUAUAUGGACCUUUCUUCCCGUCUUCGAGACCACGGUGAAUGCGAGAUGGCAAAGCUAACCUUGUUUUCUACGGCGGCGCGGUUGGCGGCCACCGUAUCAGCUCUGCUCCUCCACGUUCAGCUGCCCAUGAAGGGCGACUUGCUGUGUGUCGCGAGCCGCCUGGCACAGUGGCGUGCGAAGCUGCUGCGGUCGUCGUGCAUGAGCGAGCGCGAGUAUGCAGCGGCGAUGGGCCACCUCUGCGCCCUCAUGGCACAGGCCACGUGA